GACCUGGGCCGCAGCCCGCGGAUGCAGUACCACGCGUUGGCGCUGGCCCGGCACGGGCGCUCGGUCGCUCUGCUGGGCUACCUCCAGAGCCGGCCGCACCGGGACGUGCUGCACAGCGAGAACGUCCGGCUGGUGCCCGUGGCGGAGCUGCGCGGGCUGCGAGUGGGUCCAAAGCUUUUCCAGUAUGUCCUAAAGGUGCUCGUGCAGUCAGUGCAGUUACUGUACACGUUGCUGAGGAUAGAUCAGCCAUCCUAUAUUCUUCUUCAGAAUCCCCCAGGCUUGCCCGGUAUAGCUGUUGCCUGGGUGGCAGGGCUGUGGUGGGGGAGCAAACUCAUCAUUGAUUGGCACAACUAUGGAUACACCAUCAUGAGCCUGAGCCACGGGAGGAACCACCCACUGGUGCUGAUUGCAAAAUGGUAUGAAAAGCUUUUUGGGCGCUUGUCUGACUAUAACUUGUGUGUCACUGAUGCCAUGAAAAAAGAUCUCUGGGUGAAUUUCAAGAUAAAGGCUGUAACGUUGUAUGACAAACCAGCAUCUUAUUUUAAGGAAACACCAUUAGACCUCCAACACAACCUGUACAUGAAACUUGCCAAGGACUAUGAGCCUUUCAAACCACGUACAGAGCUCAGUGCCCACAGAUCGGCCUUCACGGAGAGGGAUGGGAAAAGUGGGAAUGUGCUGAAGACCAAGGGCCGGCCAGCCCUUCUCAUCAGCAGCACCAGCUGGACAGAGGAUGAAGACUUCUCAGUCCUUUUAAGAGCUUUGGAAGAUUAUGAGAGGUUUAUCGAGGAGGGAGCCAAGCUUCCAGCUUUAGUGUGUGUCAUAACAGGUAAAGGACCUCUAAAAGAUUACUACAAUGGACUGAUCCAAAACCUGCACUUUAAGCAUAUCCAGAUCUGUACACCAUGGCUGGAAGCUGAGGAUUACCCUCUUCUGCUUGGCUCAGCAGACCUGGGGGUGUGUCUCCAUAAAUCCUCCAGUGGUUUGGAUUUGCCCAUGAAGGUGGUGGAUAUGUUUGGCUGCUGUUUACCUGUGUGUGCAAUUCAUUUUGAAUGUUUACAUGAACUGGUGAAACACAAUGAGAAUGGUCUGAUAUUCAGGGACUCGAAGGAACUCGCAGAACAACUGAAGGUACUGCCUGGCCUGGUGGGCAUUGUUUGCCUCACUUACAUUUAAAUGUGAACCUGAAGCUGGCAAAAGCAUUUCAAAUAGUGGCCUUGUUCUCCCUGUGUGAGGCCAGAGCCCAGAACUGCAGCUGUAGUUGAGGAUGCUUUUCUUGGAUUUCCCUACCCUGGAAGGGAAACUCCACAGCUUCCGAGAGAACCUG